AGUCGCGGCCUGUGCUCGCUGGCGGCAGCAGUGGACGGUGCGGGACGGCCGGCGCCGUGCAGUGGACUCGGCCGGGCUGACGCGGAGGUCCGGCCAGGGGUCACUCAGACUCGGCACUGGAACAUCGGGAGUUGGCCGGACCGCCGCCGCCGCCGGCUGGGCCUUCUCAGGCCGCCUGCUGUCUGCUGACCACCGACCACCGCCCGCCCGUCUUCCACCGACCAUCGACCACCGGUCAUCGCCGCCGCCGCCGCCCACAGCGAGGGAGCGAACUAAGGGCGCGGCACGAUGCGGCUGUUCCGCCGGCGGGCGCCCGACUCGGCGCCCCAGCUGGUCAGCCUGGCGCCCCUGAAGAGGGAGAAGGCGCCCGUGCACAGUGGACCGGCCCUCUCCACCGUCUCAACGAGGUCGUCCCCGGCAGGACGGCGCAGAGACGAGGACACCUACAAAAAAGAGCCGUCCACCUGGGGCCGCCGAGUGGGCAGUCGGCUGUCGCGGCUCACCCGCUCCAUCAGCACCGAGCAGCUGAGCGCGCCACCUGUCGGCGGAAGACGCAAGUGGACCGUCUCUGAGGAGCCUGACGAGCUGACCAGGACCGCCGCCAGGGGCGCCACCGGCGGCUCGCGGACCCUCAGUCGGCGGCGGGAGGACCGGCCGUUCUCCAGCCCGCCGGCUCAGCGUCUGUCCGGACCGGGCUCGGUCGGAUCCGGACCCAGGACGGCCAGCGCUGUGAAGCGCAGCGUCAGUCUGUACCGGAGCGCGUCCACGAGCCAGCUGAACGUGCCGCUCGAGCGGUCUGACUCGAGCGGGAGUCCCUCGCCGCUGUCCGAGCUGGACGUCUGGGGGUUCUCUGUGGGCUCCGACACCGCCUCCAUAAAGAGCACCAAGUCGGCGCGGCACACCAUGGCCCGCCUGCCCUCGCUGCCCGAGGGAGAGGAAGCGAUCAACAAUGAGGUGCGCAGGAGGCGCAAAAUGGCCAGCAAAGAAUCUCGGCCCAAAAGUCACGAUGGAGUUCUAAAAGAUGUCCAAACACUUAACCGAAACUUUCAAAAGUUUAAGGCCAUCAAAAACAGUGCAGACAAUGAGAUCCGAAGCGUUACGGCAGGACGUCACUCCCUACCACGCAGCGCGGUCGCUCACACAGUAGAAACUGACGCCCUCCUGCCUGACGCCAUCACCGGCUCCAGCUUCUCCUGGAAGCCUCCUCCGCUCAGCCACGGCUGUUCCAACGAGAGCGGCUACGAUAGCGACCGGGUGCCGAGUGACGGCUCACCGGGAGCCAGCGGCAGGUCGACCCUACACCUCCCGUUCGGAGUCGCGUCUAGCCCAGCUCGCCUGCAUGACCUGGCCGCGGAUCCCUCUCCGAGGCACCACCGCCGGUCCCUGGACCUGCUCCACGUGACCUCAGAAUCGACACAGCGCCCGGCAGGCUCGGAAGACGACGAGCCAGACGCCGUCGAGUCGCCAUUCGCAGCGGAGAACAACGACACCAUCCUGCGACAGCCAAAGUCGAGCAAAUCGGGUGGCUCUCGCAUUCCUCGGUCACCAGGGCAGCGGGACGCUGGUCGAACUGGCAGACACGAUGGAGGGACGAGGUCGCAGAGGUCGCGACACAGGUCACCAUCUGACGUGCCGGAAACCGGCGAGACGUCGACGUCCACGCAGACCUCUCUGCCGUGGGACUGUAACGUGUUCAUCGACAUGUCGGCCGAACAGGACGGCAUGUCCAUGGAGUCGUUUGCCGAGGAGAGGCAGCGUGAGGCGCACCGUACACGGCACUCGGACACACUGAAGAAGCGCAGGUCAGGCCACCAUGACUUCAGCAGCGGAAGUGGCUUCCAUCAUUCCGAAACGCGGAAAGAGCACAGCCCUCACCACUCAGAAAGAGUAAGUGCACACAAGCCAUACCACAAAGGUGUUAUUUCCUAUUAUGAUGAUGAAGGAAGGCAACGCAAUCCACACUCUUCAGAUGCUGCUAAAUCUAGGAGCCAUCGCUACACCGAGCCAGGCUUUGGAUACGCCACUUUCCGCAUGGAACUGACUCGCGACAGGAGCCAGCAACAUCACACGAGCGAGCUUAGAAGCGACCUGAACGUCUCUAACUCCACCAGAGACCAUCGAACUCCCAGCAGACUCCCCACCAGGGACGGACACAGCCCGCAGCACUCCGAGCACAGUGGAACCAUGCGGCGACAGCGUCGGAAACCCGUCAGCUCCUCCGACCCCCGUCCAGCCCUGUUCGGCUACUCUGGUCACGACUCGUCGACUCUGCGAUCGAAAACUGCCGAGUCGCGCCGUCACCGGGACCGCUCCCACCCUCGCUCGGUGGCACGCUCCGAGCCUGGCUGCAGCAGCCGGUCACCGACCCCUACCCGGCUUCCUGACCCGUCCCCGGUGACCAGCCGGGGACACCUGAGUUCCGCUCUAUCCCUGACCCGCCACGGUGAACCGGAGACGGGUUCUGUCCGUCAGAGACACGUCUCCCGGCCGGCCCUCAGCAGUCGGCACCGGAACCUCUCCACUUCCUCCCACGACAUCCGACUCGGCUCCGGCUCCCAGCUGUCAGUCCCUGACGAGGACAGCAGGAGAAUCAGGAAGCCCCCGGUGCGGCCAGACUUCGACCCGCGCCGCGACAGGCUGUCGGCGCUGCCGCUCAACUUCGGUCACCGACACACGCGCCUGGGGCCGCCGCCGCGCGACACGGAGCGGCUUCAGAGGCACCCGGCCAGAAGGACAGAGGAACACAGCCGACCCGCGCGGUCAGAGGCCGGCUCAGACGUCAGCAGCAAGCAGUUCAAGCUGCUGAGGAUCCGACGCAGUUCGACAGACAGCCUCGGGAUCUCCAUAGCGAUGAAUACCUCCCGGGAUUACUUCAUCGCGGAGAUGGACCACAGAGGAACUCUGGCCAGGGACGGCCGUUUCAAGGUGGGCGACGAACUGGUGAACGUGAACGGACGCCGGCUGCGCGGCUGUGCGCUCGAAUCGGUGCUGGACGUGCUACAGGACCCGUCGCCCGAGCUGGACAUUGUCAUAGCGCGCGACUUCCACCCGGACCGGCUGCAGCCGGCCGCGCCGCCGGCCGGUCAGCACGUGGUGGUCAUCUCUGUACCGGACACGAGCGGCGGCGGCGGCGGCGGCGGCGCGUCAGGCUCUCGGGACGAGCUGCUCGACGAGCCGGACGACUCGCUCGAGUACCCAGCCACGGGCUCGGAGCCGUACGACGCCUCUGAGGCGGACGAGUACCGGCGGCCCGAGUCGACGGUGUCUGGUGUCUCGGAGCUGUCGGGCGCGGGCUCUCAGUCACCCUCACUGGCCAAAUACCUGGUGCGCCGCCGGCACGGGCAGCGCUCCGGCCGGUCCGCCUCAGGUACCCUGCGCCGGCCCAAGUCGCUGGCCACCUCCGUGCUGACGCUGACCUUUGAGAAGGGCGUCGGAAGGAAGAGCCUCGGCUUCAGCAUUGUGGGAGGCAAGGACUCACCCAGGGGCAGCAUGGGCAUCUUUGUCAAGACGGUGUUCCCCAACGGACAGGCGGCUGACAAACUUAUGGAAGGUGAUGAGGUUCUGACUCUCAAUGGUGAGAGCAUGCAGGGACUGCUUCACAGCGAAGCGGUCACCCUGUUCAAGUCGGUACGGUCUGGGACAGUGACCCUGGAGGUCGCCAGGAGGGACCCCGCCGCGGUCAGCCGACCCUCCAUCGCCAGACAAUCCAUGUCCAAGUCCUGUGACAACCUGCUGCGCGCUCAGCAGUGAAAAUCACGGGGCCGAGGGCGCCACCCUGGGAAACGCCGCCAGGAUGAAAAAUAGCUGCUGGCCUGACCUGACCUCCAGACCAGCGACUGGUCGCCGCGUCGACGGCGGUGGGAUCGGACCGAGCCGGUCAAGGGCGCUAAGGAGCACCGUAGCGUCGUCACGAGCCCUCACGGCAUCGUUCAUGAAACUGAUUUGAUGGCCGGAGAAACGGACCGCCAUUGCCGGCCGUGAAGUUGGUCUGUUACGGUUUCGUGCUCACACUGCCUAUCUGAACGGGCCAUGACUGUCUGUGAUCUGGGGCGGGCCAUGGAGGUGAUGAGAUGAUCUCAGAUCAGUCGAAUUAAUUACUUAUGCGUGUCUCGAUAUGAACAAUGAUCGGCUAGUGUUUUAUCGAAUAUGCUUCAUAUAACGCUGGAGUGUAAAAUGAUGUUGAGUGCCAUUUAUGUUGUAUUAAAGCAUGCUAAUCUCUUAUGAAAUGUUAAUCGCUGAAAUGUUCAUCAAAUUUUAAAGGUUUCCAGUGUUCGCUGCAUGCCAUGUUUUAUGAGGGUUAGUUGUGAACUCCUUUUGGCAAUGUUACUAAAUAUAGCACGAAACGAUUUAUA